UAUCAUUUGUAAUGAUUUGAAUAUACAGCUUACAAUUAAUAUUUAUCUUUAGUUUAGGAAAUUGUGUAAGAACUUUAAGUCUUCUCAGUUCAUUUAUUGUGAGAAAGAAGAAAAUGAACCGGUGAAAUAUGAAGAGGCAACAAUAAUGAACUUUCUUUGUACAUCUUGUAACUUCCUACUUCCUAGAAAACUUUUGGGUUUGUUUAAGUGAUCUGAAAUGGUGAAGGCAUCACUCUUCUCUCCGGCAACCCCACACUUCUUCCAGCCGUUUCUUCUCGGUUCCAAGAGUCAUCUGAAUAUUCCUGUGCAGUUCUUCUCCGAACACAUUGAAGGAAAACACGAGGGAAAGACAGUAACGUUGAGAUCUGAUGCAUCGGAGAAAACAUGGAAAGUGAAGAUGGAAGGCCAAAGACUCACUCAUGGUUGGAAGGAGUUCGUUGAGGCACAUGUUCUUGGAGUCGGUGACUUUGUCGUUUUUAGACACGAACGAGACAUGUUGUUCCAUGUCACUGCUUUAGGACCCAACUGCUGUGAGAUCCGAUACACACUGUCUGGUAGUCGUUGCCAAGAAGAUGAAGAAGAGAGUGGUGAAAUAGACAAGGAAGUUGAGAAGAAUCUCACAAAGUUUGUGAAGUUAACUCCUACAUCAGCGAGCUUUGAGACCGGUAGACAGCAUUUACCAGCAAGUUUCACGAGAGUGAACGGACUCAUCAAGCCGGGAAAGAUCAUUCUUGUGGAUAAAAAGGGAGCUGAGUGGGCGAUGGAGCUUAAGGUUGAAACAACAAAUGGAUCUAUUAUGUACAUGUACAUUAUGAGUCGCAAUGGCUGGAGUAUAUUCUGUCGCGUGAAUGAAGUAAGAGCAGGGGAGUCUCUAACUUUGGAGUUGAUCAGAGGAGGCGCAAGUCCUAUGCUCAAGUUCUGUUCGAAGAUGGAGCAACCACCGUUUGAAGCAGAGGCUAGUGCUCACAAGCGAGCUAAAUGGAGUCAGGAAAUAAAAGACAAAACAGCUGAAGAAGGAGAACCCUCUCAUCGCACUAGGGCAUCUAAGGAAACCAAUGCCAAUCAAGAAAACUUACAGGACAAGCAACCUUGCUCUGUCUCAGAUCUAUUGAUGACUAAGGUGAAACAUAGCGUUGUAAGUACUUUAACUAGUAUCAGACGGUUUCGUGAAGAGCUCAAGACAAAGGAACAAGAACUGGAAGAUACAUUGCAGGAAAUCAAAAACUUAGUUCCAUGUUGGCGCACAGAGAGGAGAAGACAAAGGGAAUAAAACAACAUCCUCAAAUAAUAACUAAGUUUUAAGGUGGAGCUGAAGAUCAUUCACUUUUGUAAACUCUGUUUUAUUUGAGGUCUUUGUUUCAAGAUUGUUUCAGACAUUUAGUGCUGGAGAAUUAGAUUGUAGUAGUUCCUAGUCCAUUAGUUUAGGGCUUAUUCCCACCGUUUUAGUUCCACUUGUGUCUUCAAAACUCUGAUUCAAAUGGUGGUUGCUCCUUAUGAGUACAAGUCUUUUGUUUAGUAAUUUCAACUUAGAGAAGCCCAAAACGUGCAUUGCAAUUUGCAAAUUAUGU